AUGGAGACUCCCGGCGCAUCGGGCCCUGCCGCGCAGACAGCACCACCGUCGGCGAGAACCUCGAGCGCCUCUUCAACCGAAGGCGCCAGGCCCCAACGUGACCAAAACGGCGCCUUCGCCUCCGAUCUUCAAGCUUCCCUUGGUGAAAAAGAGAGUAUUACGGAGGUGCCGUCGCGGUUGACGAAUCAGCGCCUUCCCCAUGACUACAGGCCAGGUAAAACUACUCCGGCUCGGAGGUAUCGCCCCGAUGCAUCGAUUGUGCUCAUCGGUAUCCGGGGGACCGGGAUGUCGACACUUGCCGUAAUGGCGUCCAGCACCCUCGGCUUCAAGCUUGUCGACGCUGACCACUACUUUUAUCGUGCGACCAAACUCUCUAGGGGCGCCUACAAGGCUACCCACGGUGCCGAAACCUACCGGGCGGAAGAGCUGAAGCUGAUACGUUCUAUGCUCGUCGACCAUCCCUCCAAAGCUGUGAUUCCAUUCGAGGCGACCAUUCGAGACGCGGCUGUACACAUAUGCGCUGUCGAUUCCCUAUCCACCGACGAGUCCGUCUUGUACAAGCUACGGUCGGUGGACAUCGUCGCCGACGCCGUUGAGCUCAUCGUCUCACCGCCACGGCCUGCCGCCGGCGAGGCCUUGAGUUUUGACAAUGAGUUGGCAAAUUGCAUCACCCGCCAAUUCUACUUAUUGAGAAGGACUACAAGACUCCCCAUCAUUUACCACGUUCCUAUGGAGUCACUUUCCCCAUCAGCCGACGCAUCCUGGCAAAGUGAACAUCAAUCUAUCUACUUCGACAUCCUCCACCAUGGCCUUCGAUUAGCGCCCGACUACCUUGCAGUCAAUCUCCUUGCCACCUCCAAGACAGACAACUUUUCCGCGCACAAAUUCCUCCAAGACAUUCGCAACUCCAAAACUCACCGGAUCCCCGUCAUCGCCUACAAUACUGGCCAAUUAGGAAAAACUUCGUGUGUUUUUAACAACAUCCUAAGCCCCGUGACCCAUCCCCUUCUACUUCCUUCUCCGACUGAGCUUCCCUCGCCUGCCCUCCUCACCAUCCAAGAAGCCCAGCACGCCCUUUACUCUUCCUUCAUCCUUGACCCCAUGUAUUUCGGAAUCUACGGCUCCAACGUGGAGAAGAGUUUGUCUCCCGCCAUGCACAACGCCGCCUUCCACUUUUCCAGCAUGCCACACAGAUAUGACAUCUUUCAGCACCAAAGCCUAGAUGAGUUGAAGCGUAUGAUGCUCGACCCCCAAUUCGGCGGUUCCAGUGUAUCCGCUCCCUUUAAGCGAGAUAUGACUUUUUGCCCGACGGGAGGUGUCGCAGUUGAGCUCGGCUACACCCCGCUUGAAACUCCUCUUAUACGGCAGAUUCGGGAACUCAAUGACCUGGGCUGGAUCGAUAUUGAUGGACUCCAGGUCCUUCCGGAACAGGCUUUAGUGCAAAACGAUCUGACCGAGGGUAUCGAUGACUCUGUGAACACGCUGAUGCGUCGGCCGGACUUUGGCGGCGCAUCUGUCACAUUCCCACAUAAGCUGCAAGUAGGAAAGCUCCUCGACACCCUUACGCCGGUGGCAAGGAAAGUCGGGGCGGUGAAUACUGUCAUCGUCCGCGAAGAAGGCGGAAAACGCACUCUCCUCGGAGACAACACAGACUGGUUGGGGAUCAAGGCGUGCAUAGAAUCCACUGGCGUCACCAACCUAUCUUCAUCGACCGUCCUGAUCCUUGGUGCUGGUGGUGCUGCCCGUGCAGCGUGCCAUGCUGUAGAGAUGCUCGGUAUCAAAGACUUGAUCAUUGUCAACCGGACGAUAUCAAAGGCAGACGACCUCGCCUCCAUCUUCCCCAACCUACGCACGCGGACAUUCGAGUCUUUUGACGGAGUGUUUUCAUCGAAUGGGCCCCGAUACAGGUCGUGA